GUCUGCCGUGUGCGUUCCCGCUGUCUGACGGUCCCAUUGGCCGUGUAGUUCCGUGUGCAGCUCGCAAGCUGUGCAGUGCCAGUGAGCGAGUGUCCUGCGGGGUGCAGCUCGCUAGCUGUGCAGUGCCAGUGAGCGAGUGUCCUGCGGGGUGCAGCUCCGGGAGCUCAGUGUGUUUACUGGAAACACAGACGCGGUUAUUAUAGUAAAUCCUGUCGAAUCUGUGACACAAACACGAGAGACAAGCAAGAGGGGAGCACCUUCUCCUCCACUGGGGCACAUUAAACAGGCGGGCGGGGGCGAGAGAUUUUGGGAAUGCAUUUAUUGUCGGCUAAAAACCAAUGGAAAGCGAAAUCCACUCGGGAAUCUGAGUGCGCCCCUCCCCUUUAAAGAGACGGCGUCUCUCUCGUUUUCUCUCUCUCUCUCUCUCUCUCUCGUGUUUUUGCCCCAAAUCAGUCAGCGUUCUCCGAACAGACGAGAAGUGCAGCCUGCGGGAUCGGAGGACAGCGGGACCCGAGGAAAGGGAGACUUUUUAAAGGGCUGUACACGUCACCAGGCUCCGGUUUAAUUCGCUCCGCAGCGCGGGUUGGUUUUUCGGUCGUAGCUCUUGAAGCAGACCGUGGAUUCAAAGUGGAAAACUCGCUGAACACAGAAACGCAGUCCGGAGUCCUCGCGAGGGCAGCCUGGUCUUUGAGGGGAGUAGAAAACACACAACAAACAGCAAUAACCCGCUGUGAUGCGGUUGUACGCGGACCCUGCUUCACUGCUGCUGGCUCCGCUAUUAAUCGCAUUGAUCUGCGGCUCGCCUGCUUCCUUACCGGGAGGUGAAGAGCACUUUUCAAACCCUGCCAUUCUGUACGCGUCAGUGCGGAGUCCCGGGAUUUCAGAUCUUCGGCUAUUUUAUUAAGAUGGAUUUUACUAAAGACACCAAUCCAGGGAUUUGAAAAAGUGAUCUAAUGAAAUCUUAUUGCAUUGAAAAAACACCCACAUAACCGCGCAGACAACCCGCCGGGACAGUAAUAAUAAUAUUAAUAAUACCAGCACGAGGGUUCAACGCAUUAACCCGGUUUCGUAACAGCACAGGAUCUGGGUGCAAAUUAAACGUCAUGUUGACUCCGCCUGUGAGCUUAUCCGGACCGAUAAUACAUUGAACACAAUCACUGUGAUUGGCUCCAUAGAGGUACAGUAAUAAUAAUAAUAAUAAUAAUAAUAAUAAUAAUAAUAAUCGGCCACAGACGUGGCUUCUGUUGCGGUCUGAACUGGCGCGUUGUUGCUGAUGUUUAAAAGACUUUAUAAAUAGUUAUCGUGCCGCCAGAGAGAGUGAGGAAUGAAAAGAAACUAACGAGGGUCGCGAUUGAUCUAAUCGUGUGUUCAAUUGCUUAUCGAUCACCCGUUUGAAAUGAAGAACGAGAGCCAGGCAGGCCGGCGGCUCUUCAUGUAUCCCGCUGUACUGAACACGCACGUUACUGUAAUAAAACCUCCUUCAAUCUGAUGGGUGGUUUUUUUAAAGCUCAAAUCCGUUGCCUGUAUUAAAUUCUCGUAAGCAUAUACAAGGAAUCCAAUCCUUUAAUUUGAUCUGAUUUUGCGAGAAUGUUUCUGAGAAUAUUCUAAUCGUGUGUUUGUAUAUAAUAUUUAUCCAAGACACCUGGCGCCGCGCAUUAGCUCAAACAAAUCCAGAACAUUAACUACUUUGGCUAACGAUAAAGUUGCACGACUUUUUUUUUGUUUGUCUCAUUGUAAACGUAAAACAGACACAGUAGCAAAAUUCCAAUUGAAAUAUUACUAAUACUAAUAUUACUAAUGGUGAUGUGGCUGCGGACGCCCACCUGUCGGUUCGGUAUGUAGGGCUGAUCGAGCGCUGUGCCAGGCAUCCUGUCUGUAGCGUUGACUCCGGCCCUUCGCAUCGCUUACAUAUCUCAGCACAUUACUCAGCACCAGCACCCUGGCCGCGUGUAUUUGACACGCAAGGGAAUGUGAAUAUCUGUGGAAACCCUUCUCUGGUAACGCAUUCCCUCGCUGCUGGCUUGGAGUUGCACGGAUAUCCAAUGGAUACUAUUUUGAAAGUGUGAACGCUUGCAAUAGUCUUUGUAAUUCAGUAAUAUAAGGCGCUUUGUGAACUCUGGGAUAGCGGUUUGUUUUACUGGACUCGAGUUCCCAUCUCUCUCGCACUCCGCCCCGGGCGCCAUGGCGAAGUGGCUGAAGGACUACCUGAGUUUCGGGAGCCGGCGAGUCCCCCCGCAGCCCCCCAAGCCCGACUACACCGAGAGCGAGCUCUUGAAGGCGUACCGGGCCCAGAAGAACCUGGACUUCGAGGAUCCCUAUGAGGAGUCCGAAAACAAGCCCAAACUGGACGGGGGCCCGCCCGAGCCACCGCCGCUCGGCUCCCCACUCAAACCCGGGACCCUGGACAUCAAAUUCGUCUCCCCGAAACACCGGCUCAUCAAGAUGGACUCGCAGGACCUGAGCCGGGGAAGAUCUGGUGUCGACUUCAUCAACCGCCGAGUCCAAAGCCGAACCGGUGAGUACAGAACUGGGUCUCAGAUACUAGCACAGUGGAAGCCGGUUCCGUGCGUCACGGCGUGCAAGGGACGCAACUGCGCCGGCAGCCUUGCUGCGGUCCCCUCCGCUCCGGCUCCAGCAGACACGGAUUACUCUGACCCGUUCGACGCACGGUCCGACCAAGAGGAGGCGCCGUGCAGCGAGAACAACGGAUACAUGGAGCCAUACGAGGCCCAGAGAGUCAUUACAGAGCUGCAGAAGGGGGGUUCCUCGGAGCGGCUGAAAGGGGGUUCCUCGGAGAGGCUGAAGGGAGGUUCCUCGGAGAGGCUGAAGGGGGGUUCCUCGGAGCGGCUGAAGGGGGGUUCCUCGGAGCGGCUGAAGGGAGGUUCCUCGGAGAGGCUGAAGGGGGGUUCCUCGGAGCGGCUGAAGGGGGGUUCCUUGGAGCGGCUGAAGGGGGGUUCCUUGGAGCGGCUGAAGGGGGGUUCCUCGGAGCGGCUGAAGGGGGGUUCCUCGGAGAGGCUGAAGGGGGGCCGGCCCCGCAGGGGGGUUCAGCUCUAUGACACCCCGUAUGAGGAGCGGGGGGUUCACUUGGAGCCCGAGCCCCUGGGGGGGGAAUGGGAGGGGGGGCCGCUGCCCCAGGAUGACGAGAGACCAGCCGAUGAGUACGACCAGCCCUGGGAGUGGAAGAAAGAGAACAUCAGCAAGGCCUUCGCAGUGCAGUUUGAGGCGGGGGAGUGGGACAACUCACCCCCCCUGAAGGAGCGUCUGCGCCCCUCCAAGCAGAGUCCCCUGUGCGGGGGCCCCAAGUUCCGCAAGGGCCCCCGUCUGGAAGCAGCCCCCUUGCUGGGGGAGAGAGUGGAUCCCAGCCUGCCUCUGGAGCAGCAGGUGUGGUAUCACGGAGCUCUGAGUCGCUCAGAGGCAGAGUCUCUGCUGACGCUGUAUAAGGAGUGCAGCUACCUGGUGAGGAAUAGCGAGACGAGCAGGAAUGACUUCUCCCUGUCCCUGAGGAGCAGCCAGGGUUUCAUGCACAUGAAGUUCACCAGGUCAAAGGACAACAAGUACAUCCUGGGUCAGAACAGCCCGCCCUUCGACAGCAUCCCUGAGGUCAUCCAUUACUACACCACCCACAAGCUGCCAAUCAAGGGAGCCGAGCACCUAUCACUGCUCUUCCCAGUGCAGGUACAGACGCUUUGAUUGGACCACAACCUGACCCAGUGCAGGUACAGACUCUCUGAUUGGACCACAACCUGACCCAGGGCAGGUACAGACUCUCUGAUUGGACCACAGCCUGACCCAGGGCAGGUACAGACUCUCCUGUUGGACCCCAACCUGACCCAGUGCAGGUACAGACUCUCUGAUUGGACCACAACCUGACCCAGGGCAGGUACAGACUCUCUGAUUGGACCACAGCCUGCCCCAGUGCAGGUACAGACUCUCUGAUUGGACCACAGCCUGACCCAGGGCAGGUACAGACUCUCUGAUUGGGCCACAGCCUGACCCAGUGCAGCCUUUCACCUUCCUCUGCUCCUGCCCAAUGGCGAUGGUCUUUCCCUUGGUACAGUGUGACACCUGGGACAAACACACACACGUGUCGGACGUACAGUCCUGAGGAGGGAGUCCCGACUCAGCAAUACUGCAGUGCGUCUCUGCAGCUCUGUGUGUCUCUGCAGCUCUGUACAGCUCUGUGUGUCUCUGCAGCUCUGUGUGUCUCUGCAGCUCUGUGUGUCUCUGCAGCUCUGUACAGCUCUGUGUGUCUCUGCAGCUCUGUGUGUCUCUGCAGCUCUGUGCAGCUCUGUGUGUCUCUGCAGCUCUGUGCAGCUCUGUGUGUCUCUGCAGCUCUGUACAGCUCUGUGUGUCUCUGCAGCUCUGUGCAGCUCUGUCUGUCUCUGCAGCUCUGUACAGCUCUGUCUGUCUGCAGCUCUGUGCAGCUCUGUGUGUAGUAUAGAGAGAAAGCAGAAUUGUAGCUCUUUUAGCCUUGAUGGUGGUGUUACAAACGUUUGACUUGCAAUAUAAAUAUAGAGAGAAUGAUGUAUAUUUAAAAAAAUAAAAAUAAAUAAGAACAAACUGCU